AUGUCUCUCCCCAAGGUGGAUUAUCUAAGUGAUACCUGGAAGGAUGGCUUGUUUAGUAUGUCCAGCGAUUCCGAGCCCCCUUCUUCUCAGCCAUUGGCUCUGACCCCUGCCAUAGCAAAUAAGGUGGUAUUCUGUACCGGUGGAGCGGGUACGAUUUGCAGUGCUCAGGUCCGCGCCCUGGUCCACCUAGGGGCCAACGCCUGUAUCGUGGGGAGAAAUGUCGAGAAGACCGAAGCAGCCGCCCGUGACAUUGCCACGGCUCGUUCGGGGUCCAAAGUUAUUGGCAUCGGGGCCGUUGACGUUCGCCAGAUCGAGAGCCUCCAGAAUGCUGUGGAUCGCUGCGUUCAGAAGCUCGGUGGUAUUGAUUUUGUCAUCGCUGGAGCGGCGGGCAAUUUCCUCGCCUCAAUCAACCAAUUGUCGCCCAAUGCCUUCAAGUCCGUCAUGGAUAUUGAUGUCCUAGGGUCUUACAACACGCUCAAGACAACCCUCCCGUAUUUGGUUGAGUCUGCCAACAAGCACAAAGUGGAUAAAGAAUCUCUCAAACCGUCUCCCGCCGGAACUGGAGGUCGCAUCAUCUUUGUCAGUGCAACCCUCCAUUAUAGAACGAUGCCCUUCCAGACGCAUGUGUCGGUGGCUAAAGCCGGUGUCGAUGCUUUGUCGCACAGCGUUGCGCUUGAGUUUGGCCCAUUGGGAGUGACUUCCAACAUCAUUGCCCCGGGCCCUAUUGCUUCAACAGAGGGCAUGGAGCGUCUUCUUCCCUCGGACGCCCUUGAAAGCUACACCAGGUCCCAGCCACUUGGCCGGUUUGGAUCCGUCCGUGAUAUUGCGGAUGCUACUGUGUAUCUCUUCGCAGACACGGGCAGUUAUGUGUCCGGACAGACUCUUGUUGUGGAUGGAGCAUCCUGGCGCAUGUCUGCACCAGGUGCAGCAUAUGGAAAGCUGGGGUACCCGGAUUUCCUUCUUUCGGGAGAGGCCGUUCCCAAUGUUACGGGACAGAAAAAGUCGAAGUUGUGA